AUGGAAAGCAAUUAUGAUUUAAAGAUGAAACGGAUGGGAUUUCUACCAUGCAGAAUGGGAUAUCUGACUGACUGGAUGGUAAAAGUAGCCGAAGAUGAAUUGAAUGAAACUGAAGAAACUCGUAGUCUGGCCAUUUCAGAAUUCCGGAGUCUCAUAGCUGAUUAUCCUGAAGUUUAUCCCCCUGAACCGGAGAUUGAGAGUAUAAAAACUGCACAGGAAGGAACCAAUGGUGGUGGCGCAUAUCCAUACAGAGACAAAAAUGGCUCCCUCAUAGUGUUUUAUAACAUUGGUAGAUGGGAUCCUGAUGAAUUUUCACUGCCAGUUGUUUUUUCCGCGAUGACAUUUUUAUUGCUACAAUGCAUUGAAGAUCCAGCUACUCAAGUGUGUGGAGUUCAAGUUAUAUUUGAUGCCAAAAACAUCUCUCUAAAGCAUAUACGUACACUAUCACCAAGAUAUUUACAAUUAAUAUCUAAAGCUCUCAGAAAUACGUUGCCUAUCAGAUUUAAGCAAGUUCAUGUAGUGAACGAAUCGGUUAUCUUUUCGUACAUCUUCAACAUUUUUAAGUUUUUUCUUACAGAAAAAAUUAAGAAAAGGAUUCAUUUUCACGGAAGUGAUAUGAAGCAUCUUCACAAGUACAUUCCAAAAGAAGUUUUGCCAGCUGAAUAUGAUGGCGACAAUACUGACUACUGCGCAAGCGAAUGGGUCAAAAAGGAAGCGUAUUCAUACUUAGAAAAGUAUAAAGCAAUGCAUCGUUGCGGGUUUCGUUGAUUUCAAUACGAUUAAUUCUCUAAAAAUAAUUUGUACCUAAUGAACCAUCAAACGUAGAUCAUAAAUACAAGCCUUUCCUUUUGAACUAAUGAAAUAUUAAUACAGGUCAGAAAUUAUUAUUUAUUAUCGCUAUUAGUCAGUUUAUACCUAAUCUCUAAUUAGGCAAGUAAUGUAUAAGUCCACAUCACUAUUAAUCUAUUAGUCUUUUAUUUUAUUUUUAAAAAUAAAGUUUUGUUUC